AUGACGAAAAUACCCGAUGAAAUUGAAAAGUCAUCCAUCUGUCUGUUAGAUAUCCUUUUCAUUGAUGCCUGUUAUGCUCUCUUCCUCCACGAGAUCAUCAAGUUUGAUUUGUCAUUUGGGAUAGAGGAAAGUGCUAUUGGAAUAAACGACACGGCUAAUUCAUACACCAAUCAAUUAUCGGGAAUAUUAAAAAUGAACUUGCAGAUUGAAUUGGUUAACAUAAGACUUAUGAUGUUUAAGGAGCAAUGGUCAAGCAAAGCAAAACAGUAUCUUAAUCUUGCGGUGAAUACGCCAGAUUUCAACAAGGAGAAUAGUCUAGAUAAAGAAAAGAGAUUGGCUAAAGCAUUGGACAUUAACGAAAUUGAUUUGCCCAUAAUUAGACUUUUAUCGGGUCAUUUUGGGAUAAAGUGA